AUGAUGUACAUACCUGUUGUUGUUGUUCUCCUUCAUCACAUAGUACACACCCACCUCGUGCCGAUUAUUUUGGCUUAUGGCCCAUCGGAGGAGUAUUUAAAUGUUUCUGUAAGUUUAGGCACUCCACCAACACAAAUGUUCAAAAUACUAAUUUUACUUUCACUUGUCAGUGUCCUGAAGGCAGCUUCGGAUGAGAACACCAUGCGAUCUGUUGAUGUGAACAAAACGAUCGAGGAAGCCAAAAACCUUCGUCUCAAAAUGAAAGGCAAACUUGCCGAUGAAAUAACGAAAAUUAUUUCUAUCCUUGGCAGACUUACUCUCAAAGAAGUAUCCAUGCUCAAGGAUCCCAACCGAAAGAAAGAUAAUGAACUCGUCGAUUUGGCAAACAAGAUAAAUAAUCUCAUAAUCAUGAUCAGUGAAGAUCCAUCAGAUCCCAGCGGAGUUGGCUCACUCAUAAUGGCAGGAAAUGACCUGACGGUUUAUCUCAAUAAUCAUCCUCGAGGAGAAUCUAUGGAAAAGGGAAAAGCAUCUUCUUAA